UUGUUGGGAGGUGGCGCCGGGCCAAGGCCGCCCGUCCGUUGGGCCCAGGUGACCAGAUGUCCCUAUUUGGGCUGAAUAAUCCCCAAAUUUCACAUCUGUUGUGCUGCCCACUUGAGAUUUUACUAGACACUUAUAUGCCUGCAAAAUCCACAGUUAUUCAGGACGUCGUCACCAGUGAAUCUCUCUUGGAAAUUAAUAACCCAUUUUUGCUAACCAUCUAAGCCAUCAGAUGAUACAGCUUUUGAAAGUCUACCGUCAGGCCAGUUCUAGAGACUCUCCAGAACUAUGAUUCGAGAUGUCCUGGGAAAAACCUUUCGACUCGUUGGCUAUACUAUACAAUAUGGUUGUAUAGCUCAUUGCGCCUUCGAAUACGUCGGUGGAGUUGUUGUGUGUUCAGGGCCCUCCAUGGAGCCCACAAUCCAGAGCUCAGACAUUGUCUUUACAGAAUGCCUUAGCCGACAUUUUUAUGGCAUCCAAAGAGGUGACAUUAUAAUUGCAAAAAGUCCAAGUGAUCCAAAAUCAAAUAUCUGCAAAAGAGUGGUUGGUUUGGAAGGGGACAAAAUCCUCACUAGCAGUCCAUCAGAUUUCCUUAAGAGUCAUAGUUACGAACUUCCAUUCCCGAUUGCUUCACGCCAGUCUGAUGUUACCGUCGAAAGGGUCCUCAUUGCCGUCUUGCUUGAAGUUGAGCUUCACUGUGUCUUUAAAACAUUUCUUCAGCCCAACUCACGUAUUUCUGCUUUUCUUCAUUUCACCGUGUAGCAGCUGCUUUAAGUAAUCUCCAGGCAACCAAUCUCUUCCAGAGUCCUACCCAGCGAAGCAAUGUUGUGAUGAGCACGGCUUCAGUGCUCAUAGACCCGCUCCAUUGUGGCACUGCGUUGUUUGUGAUCCUGCCUUGCCUUUUGCUUGUACUGAUGAAACUGCCUUGUUGAAUGAAUGAAUGAACAAAUGUCUUUUUCCAGCUAAUCCAAAUUGAAAGUGAUUAGUAUACAUAGCAGAAGAACAAGGCAGGAAACUACAAAGCUCUUUUUGGAGGAAGGAGCCUACCCAGAUGGGCUUUGAAUUCAGUAAGAAGCAUUAGAACUACUGAGAAUCACAAUGCUGAAUAAAAUGUACUAGCACAUGUCUUAAUUAGCAAGGACCUUGUCAGACCAUCAGCUGUACAGAAAUGUUUCUCAAAGGCGAGCUAGCACGCCUCUUACUGCUUAGGUAGUACCUGGGGCAAGCAGCUAUUUUUAAGGAAAUCAGCUUUUGAAAGUUUAGAAAUCUGGAGGCCAGGGAGGAGAAUUCCAAGUGAAAAGGGAACUUCCUCGGGAAUGUGCAGGAAAAUUCCUUAAUGUUCUGGAAUGAAUGCGGAAUGGGAGGCCAUUCUGUGUACAGAAAGAAUAUGCGGGAAUAGGGACAGGAAGGCUAUCUUGGAUCCCUGAUUAACGAAUAUCCAGAAGAGAAGGUUUUUGUUUUAGUUAUCAGGGGUGAGUGUGGAAUGGAAGGACCUAUUUGCUAGGUUCAAACUCACUCCUCUUUAUUUUGUGUGCCCACUUAGAUAAUCAUCUUGACCCCUCUCUUGCUUUCAAAGCUUCUUGGCCUCUUCCCCAUCCAAAUGACCACCAUGCACUUAUAUCCCAGCUUAACUACUGCACCAGCCUUUUCAACAACUUCCUGAUCUCUCUCUCUCCUCCUCUCCAAUCCAUACUUCACUCGGCCGAUCAGAUCAUUUUUCUGUAAUAUCCUUAUGUGCACAUACAUAAAUUCCUCAAAACCACUUCACCAUAUCCGUAAUAUAGUUUAGUUUCUGUCUUCAAGGACAAUGUUCAUAUCUACUAACUCUGUUGUACUUUCCCAAGUGCUUAGUACAGUUUUCUGACACAUAGUGGGUCCUCAGUAAAUACUACUGAAUGAUUUCAUCGAGCAGAACUCCUAACUCAUCAGCUCUCUUAUCCACUCUCUUCUUCUAUUACACCCCAUCUUGCAUUCUUCAUUCCUCUCAAGAGAACUUCCUCAGUGGGCCUCAUUGUUGCUUCUCCUGCCGCCAGCCUAUUGCUCACACCUUUCCCCUCCACACCUGGAAUUCACUUCCCAUUCUAAUUUGACCGACCACAGCUCUCCCCGUUUUCAGGUCCCUUCUGAAAUCACAUGUCUUUUGGGAUUCUUUCUCUGAUUAAUUUCUAAUCUCUCUAAUUUAUAUCCCUCGUUACUACUUCUGUACCACCCAAGUAUAUGUAAACCCGUCGAGGGUAGGGACCGUGUCUACCCAACUCUAUU